GCCGGACGGACACGCGGACGGAGCGGGCGCCGAGGGACGGGCGCACGGCCAGGCCAUGCCCGGGGAGGCCGCGCGCGCUGAACCGCUGCUGCCGGAGGCGGGCGGGCCGGGCCCCCAAACAGAGUCGUCCUGUGAUGUGGCCUCGGCCACCACCCCAAGAGGGGACCGGCUGGAGCACUGUGCCCUGACCCCCGGACCCAGUGCCCUGGCCCUGGAGUUUCUGCCCAGCAAGCCGGGUGCCCGGCCCCCGCCAGAGGGAGCCAGCUGGGAUGCAGGGCCAAGCGGCACCCCUUCAGCCUGGGCGGUCCCUGCAGAAGGCAGCCCUAGCCUGGGCCCCCCCGAGGCCCGGCCCGCCGGGGGUCCUCCCCCAGCCACCAUGGAGCCCCGGAUCGUGAUGGGCGAGGAGACCCUCCGGGUGCCCCUGCUGCCCAGGGCAGCCCUGCCAGAGCUCAGGGACCGGGAGGGUGGGCACCCCAGCCUGAACCCACCCCCCGCGUUGUGUUCUCAGGGUGACCCUCCUGUGCCUUGCCCUGUCCCAGACCCUGAGUCCUACUUCACGCCACCCUCCACCCCCACCGAGACCGCCUCUGCCCUGCUCCUUGGCCCCGGGUCCCGCAGGGAUGCCCGGGACGCCCCGGCGGAGCCAGGGGACUCGCCACCUGCCUCGCCCUCGGGCUCUUACAUCACGGCAGAUGGGGACAGCUGGGCCUCGUCCCCGUCCUGCUCCCUGAGCCUGCUGGCCCCAGCCGAAGGGCUGGAUGUCCCCUCGGGCUGGGGCUUCUCCCCACAGGGGUCUGUAGCAGAUGAGCAGGAGCUGCCCUACACGGGGCCCCCCGGCCCCCCAUCCCCGGAGUCCAGCAUCUCAGCCGACAGCAGCUCUUCCUGGGGCCAGGAGGCCCAUUUCUUCGAGCUGGACUUCCUGGCCAACGACCCCAUGAUCCCCGCCGCCCUCCUGCCCUUCCGGGGCAGCCUCAUCUUCCAGGUGGAGGCCGUGGAGGUGACACCGAGGGCCCCCGAGGAGGAGGAAGAGGAGGAGCAGGAGGAGGAAGAGGCCUCUGUCCCUGGAGGGGAUGCUGCUGGGGAGGGCGAGGACGACAGCACGUUUGCCUCCUCCCUGCAGUCCCUGUCCGAUCUCUCCAUCACCGAGGGCAUGGACGAGGCCUUUGCCUUCCGGGAUGACACCUCGGCGGCCUCCUCCGACCCCGACUCGGCCUCCUACGCGGGGGCAGAUGACGAGAGGCUGUACAGCGAGGAGCCCCACGCACGACCCACGGCCCUGCUCCACGACAGCCCUGGCGAGCCUGCUCCCGGGAUCUGCGAGGAAGAGGCCAGCCGAGCCACCGGGCGCCAGGCCCCAGGUGCCAAGGUCGCCAGGCCAGGCCAGGGCUCAGGCCGGGCAUGUGCUGCGGCCGAGGCCCCUCACACCCCGCAGGAAGCCCCGGACCUCACGGGGGUGACCGCUCAGGCCUGGGGGCAGGCGCUGGGCUCCAUUCUGGGUCGGGGGCCUGCUGCCGCGGGCGCAGUUCAGUCCCUGCAGGGGGAUGAGCACACGGCCUUAGGCCCAGAGCCCCAGACUGCCCCAGCAGUGGGGGCCCUCCCACCAAGCCCCGACUCUCUGCAGCACCUGGAGAGACGGGCGGGCCCAGACCCUGGGUCUGAGGCCCCGCCCCUACCCCUGCAGGCCGCGGGCCUCCCCUUGGGCCAGGGACCCGCCGCUGAGGCCAAGCUCCAGACCCUGCAGACAGAUGCAGGCUGCACACCAUGGAUGGAGCCUGUGGCCACUGCAGCCCGGCAGGAAGGACAAGUGACCUUGGGGCUGAGGCCAGCAUGUGAGCAGAGGGACACAGAGCCUCAGGCCUGGGAGCAGGUCCAGCUGGAUGGCCUGGAGCCAGCUGCAGACACGGGGGCACCUUGGGCCUCAUGGGGAACUGUAGGCCCCUCCAAGCCUGCCACGGAGGCCCCAGAACACCCGGAGCCUACCACCAGGGCCCUAGAACACCUGGAGCUUUCCAUGGCGGCCCUAGGACGCCCAGAACCUGUCAUGGAGGCCCCAGAACACCCGGAGCCUGCUAUCGAGGCCCUAGAACACCCAGAGCCUUCCACAGAGGCCUCAGAACACCCGGAGCCUUCCAGGGAGGCCCCAGAACACUCGGAGCCUGCCACCAAGACCCUAGAACUCCUGGAGCUUUCCAUGGAGGUCCCAGGACACCCAGAACCUACCAUGGAGGCCCCAGAACACCCGGAGCCUGCUAUCGAGGCCCUAGAAUGCCCAGAGCCUUCCAUGGAGGUCCCAGAACAUCCAGAACCUGCCACGGAGGCCUCAGAACACCCGGAGCCUGCCACUGAAGCCCUAGAAUGCCUCGAGCUUUCCAUGGAAGCCCCAGAAUACCCAGAACCUGCCACGGCGACCCCAGAACACCCGGAGCCUGCCACCAACACCCUAGAACUCCUGGAACUUUCCAUGGAGGCCCCAAGAUACCCAGAACCUGCCACAGAGGCCCCAGAACACCCACAGCCUUCCACUGAGGCCCUAGAAUGCCUAGAGCUUUCCAUGGAGGUCCCAGAACGCCCAGAACCUGCCAUGGAGGCCCCAGAAUGCCCAGAGCCUGCCACCAAGGCCCUAGAAUGCCUGGAGCCUUCUAUGGAGGCCCCAGAACAUCCAGAACCUGCCACGGCAGCCCCAGAACACCUGGAGCCUGCCACUGAGGCCCUAGAACGCCUGGAGCUUUCCAUGGAGGCCCCAAGACACCCAGAACCUGCCACGGAGGCCCCAGAAUGCCCAAAGCUUGCCACUGAGGCCCUGGAAUGCCUGGAGCUUUCCAUGGAGGCCCCAGGACAUCCAGAACCUGCCACGGAGGUCCCAGAAUGCCCAGAGCCUGCCACCGAGGCCCUAGAAUGCCUGGAGCUUUCCAUGGAGGCCCCAAGACACCCAGAACCUGCAACGGAGGCCCCAGAAUGCCUAAAGCCUGCCACGGAGGCCCUAGAAUGCCUGGAGCUUUCCAUGGAGGCCCCAGGACACCCAGAACCUGCCACGGAGGCUCCAGAAUGCCCAGAGCCUGCCACUGAGGUCCUAGAAUGCCUGGAGCCUUCCACGGAGGCCUCAGAACAUCCAGAACUUGCCAAAGAGGCCCCAGAAUGCCCGGAGCCUGCCACCAAGGCCCUAGAACAUACAGAGCCUUCCAUGGAGGCCCUAGAAUACCCAGAACCUGCCACCGAGGCCCCAGAACACCCGGAACCUGCCACUGAGGCCCUAGAACACCUGGAGCUUUCCAUGGAGGUCCCAGAACACCCAGAACCUGCCACCAAGGCCCCAGAACACCCGGAGCUUACCACCGAGGCCCUAGAAUGCCUGGAGCCUUCCAUGGAGGCCCCAGAACAUCCAGAACCUGCCACAGAGACCCCAGAAUGCCCAGAGCCUGCCACCAAGGCCCCAGAAUACCUGGAGCCCGCCAUCAAGGCCCUAGAAUGCCUGGAGCCUUCCAUGGAGGCCCCAGGACACCUAGAACCUGCCACGGAGGCCCCAGAAUGCCCAGAGCCUCCCACUGAGGCCCUAGAACGUCCAGAGCCUUCCAUGGAGGCCCCACAACAUCCAGAACCUGCUACCAAGCUCCAAGAACAUCCAGAACCUGCCGUGGAGGUCCCAGAAUGCCCGGAGCCUGCCACUGAGGCCCUAGAACAUCCAGAGCCUUCCAUGGAGGCCCCAGAACAUCCAGAACCUGCUACCAAGGCCCUAGAACAUCCAGAGCCUUCCAUGGAGGCUCCAGGACAUCCAGAAUCUGCUACCAAGGCCCUAGAACAUCCAGAGCCUUCCAUGGAGGCCCCAGAACAUCCAGAACCUGCUACCAAGGCCCUAGAACAUCCAGAGCUUUCCAUGGAGGCCCAAGAACAUCCAGAACCUGCUACCAAGGCCCUAGAACAUCCAGAGCCUUCCAUGGAGGCUCCAGAACAUCCAGAACCUGUUACCAAGGCCCUAGAACAUCCAGAGCUUUCUAUGGAGGCCCCAGAACAUCCAGAACCUGCUACCAAGGCCCUAGAACAUGCAGAGCCUUCCAUGGAGGCCCCAGAACAUCCAGAACCUGCGACGGAGGCCCCAGAAUAUCCAGAACCUGCCACAGAGGCCCCAGAAUGCCCGGAGCCUGCCACCAAGGCCCUAGAAUGCCUGGAGCCUUCCAUGGAGGCCCCAGGACACUCAGAACCUGCCAUAGAGGCCCCAGUAUGCCUGGAGCCUUCCACCAAGACCCUAGAACGUCCAGAGCCUUCCAUGGAGGCCCCAGAACAUCUAGAACCUGCUAUGGAGGCCCCAGAACACCCGGAGCCUGCCACCGAGGCCCUAGAACAUCCAGAGCCUUCCAUGGAGGCACCAGAAUAUCCAGAACCUGCCAUGGAAGCCCCAGAACAUUCGGACCCUGCCAUGGAAGCUCCAGAACAUCCAGAACCUGCCACAGAGGCUCCAGAAUGCCUAGAGCCUGCCACAGAGGCCCCAGAACAUCCAGAACCUGCCACGGAGGCCCCAGAACUGCUAGCGUCAGCCCCAGAGAUCCCGGAGUGCCCAGGGGCUGCGGCGGAAGCCCGGGACUCACCGAAGGCCGCCUCUGCCCGGGAGGGAGCAGCCGAGGGUCCGGCGGCGCCCGAGCAGGGAAGCCGUCCCGGUGCCCACGUGCGCGCUGGAGCCCGAGCUGAGCCCCGCUCGGCCCCGGGGGAGGCCCCAGGGGGUGAGAGUCCAGGGGCGCGCGGCCUGGAGCCGGUCCCCCAGGGAGCCGGGAAGGCUGCGGGGCAGCGUGGCCCGGGGGCGCAUCCUGCGGCUUGGCCCCGGUGUCCCGGCGCUGCGGAGGUGGGACCGAGGCCGGAGGGCGGCUGCCGCCCAGAGCCAGUGCCCAGCCCGCCCGCAGCCUCCGGGCAGGAGCCCGCGCCGGGCCCCGGCGGCGGGGAGAGGGCACGGGGGGUCUGCGGGAGCCCCGGGGUGGCAGCGCAGUUGCCAGGAAGCCCCGGCCGGGCCCUGGCCCGCGAGCCCUGCACCCCCGGGGGCCCCGCAGAGGCAGCCCUGAGCCCCGGGGUCCUCGGCGCCUCCUGCCCCUGCCAGGGCCUCAGGGAAGACUUGGAGGCCGGGGAGCCCCUGGCGGGAACCCCGCAGGCACCAGCUGCCCUCUCAGGGACCCCGGGACCUCCCGGGGCUGGGCCAAGGGGGGGCCUCCCGCCCCCUGCCGCCCUCCCUGGCCCCAGGACAGCCCCGGCGGGGGACACCCAUGCCAAAGACCGGGCCUGGCGGACCGCGCCCCCCUGCCAAGUGCCUCCUGGGCCUCGGGGCCCCCCUGCCGCCGGGCAGCAGGCUGACCAGGACAGCCCAGAGGAAGACUCGCCCCCCAGGGCCCCAGGAUCCAGCCCACACUCGGACAGCCACGGGGAGUCGUCGGCAGAGCCAGAGGAGCACGAUGCCUCGGGGGUACAGCCAGCGCAGUGCCCAGCCCAGGCCCCCGCAGCCGGUGGCAGCGAAGAGACCGUGGCCAAAGCCAAGCAGAGUCGCAGUGAGAAGAAGGCCCGGAAGGCGAUGUCCAAGCUGGGCCUGCGGCAAAUCCAGGGGGUCACCAGGAUCACCAUCCAGAAGUCCAAGAACAUCCUGUUUGUCAUCGCCAAGCCCGACGUCUUCAAGAGCCCAGCCUCCGACACCUACGUGGUCUUCGGGGAGGCCAAGAUCGAGGACCUGUCGCAGCAAGUGCACAGGGCUGCCGCCGAGAAGUUCAAGGUGCCCACUGAGCCAUCGGCCCUGGUGCCUGAGUCUGCGCCGGGGCCGCUGCGGAGGCCAGAGGAGGAGGAGGAGGAGGAGGAGGAGGAGGAGGAGGUGGAUGAGGCGGGCCUGGAGCUCCGGGACAUCGAGCUGGUGAUGGCGCAAGCCAACGUGUCGAGGGCCAGGGCCGUGCGGGCUCUGCGGGACAACCAGAGUGACAUCGUCAACGCCAUCAUGGAGCUCACCAUGUAGCCGCGACCGCCACCCACCGCCACCGACUGCCACCGACUGCCACCGACCACCGGCCCUGUCCCCGCCCCCGGCUCUGCUGCUCAAUAAACGGGUGUGUCCCCUCAGCC